AUGUCGUCCACCAGCAACGCUUCCAUUGACAAGUUCAACGGAGACAAUUACGCAACGUGGAGCCGGUACAUGCGCGGUGUGUUUUUGACGAAUUCCGUCUGGCACGUUGUCAACCGUGAAGUGACUCCGACUUUCACCGACCCGCGAGCGUCCGAUGACUACGUCAAGGCAAGCAACGUCGCGUUUGGUAUGAUGCUGCUGCACAUGAACGCGGACUACCAUCAUGUGCUGGACAACUGCGAGGAAGCCUGGGUUGCGUGGACAAGUCUGAAGACGCUGUACGGUGGGUCGCAGAAGGCAGGACGCAUCUACCUCAAGCGACAACUUUUCAGUAUCAAGAUGGCUGAAGGCGCGAACGUCAUGCAUCACUGCAACGAGGUCCUCAACAUCUCCGCCAAGCUUAGCGGCAUCGGUGCGAAGAUGGAAGACGAAGACGUUGCAAUUUGUCUGCUACUCAGUCUUCCGAAGAGCUACGAAAAUGUGGUGCUCAACAUGGAAAUGAGCAGCACCGAGCUUCGCACUCAAGAUGUGGUGAGAGUCCUGACGAAUGAGCAUGCCAAGCGUCAAGGAGAAAAAGGGACAACGACAGCGACUACGGUGAAGGCUGAAGAUGCAAGCAAGGCAUUCAGCGCCGAGCGUGAGCCCUACCAAUGCACGUAUUGUGGCAAGCCCGACGCGGCGGCAAUGGUCGUGGACGCGGGGGCUAACAAUGUCCAGUGGGGACAUCAUGAUGAAGGCAAUGGCUACGAUCGAGUGGCGUUUGCAGUCUCGUUCGAAUGUGGAGUUUCGACGAGCAAGGACGUGUCUGGAAUGUGGGCCGUCGACAGUGGUGCAACGCACCACAUUUGCCACGACAAGACCAAGUUCGCAAGUUUGGCAGAGCGCAAUGAGGGCGAACUCUUGGUGGCUGAUGGCAACAAGGUGGCCAUCAAGGGUGUGGGAACCAUCAUGGAAAAGGUGGUUCUGCCCAACGGUGAAGAGCGUGAGAUCGAAAUCAAGAACGCGCUAUAUGUUCCAAGUAUGAGCAAGAACCUGCUCUCGGUGCCACAGAUUAACAGCCAUGGCAAGUUUCAAGUCGUGUUUGACGGGUCCAAGAUGUAUGUGACUCUCAAGAACUCACAGCAAGUGGUGGCGACAGCGGAUCUCGUGGAUGGACUCUACUGGCUUCGGACGACUCAACGAUCAGCGAAUGUGACAACAAGUGGAACCAGUUGUGCCGAUCUACAUGCGAGAAUGGGUCAUGCUCCAGUCGAUGUACUUCGCAAGAUGAUCGCGACCAACAUGAUCAAGGAUGUGCGAGUCCCUCUCAAGUCGGGUGGAGCAACUACAUGUCGAGGAUGUCAACAAGGGAAAAUGGUCCAAAAACCAUUUCCAAGCAACCGAGACAAGCGCAGCUACGAUACGUUUGAGCUACUUCAUCUGGACAUCUGCGGGCCCAUGGAAAAGGAUUCGCUCGGUGGCAGCAAAUAUUUGCUGCUGAUCAUCGACGAAGCCAGUGGAUGCAUGAAGGGCUUUUGUCUACGAGUGAAGUCCGAGAGUGAAGACUACAUCCGGAAAUAUAUCACCAUGGUACAGACGCAAUUCUGUAAGAAGGUCAAGUUCGUGCGACACGACGGAGCUCGCGAGUUUGCAACCAACUCGCUUCAACUGUUCUACGAAGACGAAGGCAUUGAACAGCAGACAACGGUGCCGUAUGCACAUCAAACAAACGGAACAGCAGAGCGUGCCAUUAGGACUAUUGUCACGAUCGGCCGCAGCAUGCUUCAUCAUGCCAAACUGGACAAGUGUUUCUGGGCCGAAGCAGCGAUGACGGCCAUCUACGUCAAGAAUCGACUGCCGUCACCUAAAGUCGUGCACAAGACCCCGUUUGAGAUCGUCUACAACUUGAAACCAAGCGUCAAGCACAUGCGAGUAUUCGGCUGUCAGACAUUUAUACUGACUCCGAAGGAGAAUCGACUCAAGUGGGAUCCAAAGGCUCGCGCUGGCAUAUUCGUGGGCUACGAAGAAGUUUCGAAGGCAUAUCGUGUUUAUGACAUCGAGGCGGGGCAGGUGGUUAUCAGCCGCGAUGUCAACUUCGACGAGUCCACCUUUGGACUUCAACUGCCGAUCACUGAUGAAGAUGUCGAUGACCUGGACUUCGAAUUGCUGGAUCUUGAUGACGAAGAGCUGCGUCAAAUGGAGUACAAGCAAACAGGCAAGCGCAAGAACCGACUCAAUGAUGAAGAUACAGCAGCUCCACGACCGCGUGCAGUGCGUCAACGACCAGGACUAGAAGAGUCAAGCGCGCCGGAAAACAACUCGUCACGACAAGAAGAAGACGAAGAAACGAAGGAUUCUGGUGAUUCAACACCGCCUGUGUUUUGGCGUGCGAGUGCAAAUGCCGUUGAAGCAGCAGUGGACUUAUCAGAACCCUCAACAUUUGAAGCAGCAGUAAGCGGCCCUGACCAAGUGCACUGGAGAAAAGCAAUUCAUGCAGAGCUCGAGUCAAUGCGACUUCGCGGUGUGUUUCGUGCAGCCAAGCUGCCCAACGGACAACGCGCCAUUGGCACAAAAUGGGUGUUCAAGAUCAAGCGCAAGGCGGAUGGGUCAAUCGAGAAGUACAAGGCACGACUUGUGGCCAAGGGUUUCCGCCAAAAGUAUGGUAUCGACUACACGGAGACGUUUUCGCCUGUGGUCAAGUAUGUGACGCUGCGAAUGGUGAUCGCAAUUUCCAAGCAUUUUGGAUGGCCCAUCGACCAGCUUGAUGUGGUGACAGCUUUCCUGUAUGGCGUCAUGAAGGAACAAGUGUUCUGCGUGAUUCCUGAAGGCGUCGAACUUGACAGUACGUUCGACUGCCUGGAAUUGGUGAAGUCAAUUUACGGCCUCAAGCAAGCGUCGCGAGUGUGGAACGAGACGUUCGACGAGUAUGUGUGCUCCAUCGGAUUUCAAGUAUCGGACUUCGACCCAUGUCUCUACAUCAAGACUUCGUACGGCCAUUGCGUGUUUAUACUGGUCUACGUGGACGACGUCUUGGUGACUGGAAGCUCACUCGAGCUGAUUGCACAAACCAAGAACGACCUGAAGACGCGGUUCGAAAUGACGGACAGCGGCAAGUGUGCGUUUGUUCUUGGGAUCGAGCUUUUGGACGGUGAAGAUGGCAGUGUGACACUAUGUCAGCGUCGGUAUGUCGAUGAUAUCCUCAAGCGCUUUGGCAUGGAUGAUUUCAAGGCAGUCGCAAGUCCAGUCGACAUGAGCUCUCUACUUGUUUCAAGUGAUGCAACUACCAAGGUCGAUGCUCCUUUUCGCGAAGCUGUUGGUGCGUUGAUGCACCUGACCACUGCAACGCGUCCGGACAUUGCGGUGAAGAUGGCAGUGUGA